CCUGCUCCAUCACAAUGCACAGGCUCACUGACAGGCAGCUGAAGCAGCUCAGCAUGAGCAAAACCUCCCUCAGAGUCACAGUUUCCAUGCAAGGCAGCCACUUCUCCGGGGAGGAGGUCAGCACUGAGGUGCCAUUCAACCCUGGCUUCUAUGUUGACCAAACAGAAAUGCUGCUCAGUAACCUUCACCCAAGCUCUGAGGUGAAAAUCUUUGGUGCCACUGAAAUUCUGGAUACCCUGGAGGUGAAAUGUGGGUCACCAGCAGUGAAGGUGCUUGAGAAGGAGAAGUCCUCUGGGCUGCCCAGUUACGCAGUCUACACUGUUAGUCUGUCUGACCCAGGAGUCUCCAGGCAGCAGUCCUUAUCCACCACCUUGACUGUCUCCAGCCCCAUCACUGACCAGUCCAUUGCCAUCCCGGUGACCCUCAUGUACUUGUCUGACAGAAGCAGAGCACCACUCAAGCGUAAGUUUACCUCCAGACUUUGUAAGCCAGAAGAAACCUCUAACUUCCACUGA